UACGUACGCAAAUUUUGCGCCUCCUUAAAGUUCUUUUACGUGCGCGCCCCUGUUAGCGUCCCGCGCUAGUUCAGACUCUUUGUGAGGAGGAGGCACCGAGAGAGAGCAGUGCACACCGGGAGCAGGCUCAGCAUGGCCGACGAGAAAUCAAAGGAAGGAGUAAAGACCGAAAACAAUGACCACAUCAACCUGAAAGUUGCUGGACAAGAUGGCUCAGUGGUGCAGUUCAAAAUUAAAAGGCACACGCCGCUCAACAAGCUGAUGAAGGCCUAUUGUGAACGACAGGGUUUGUCAAUGAGGCAAAUCAGGUUCCGGUUUGAUGGGCAGCCCAUUAAUGAGACAGACACACCAGCACAGUUGGAGAUGGAGGACGAAGAUACUAUUGAUGUUUUCCAGCAGCAGACAGGAGGCAAAUUCUGAGAACAAUCUCUUCUUUACCAGCCUUGCACACUGACACCUCAUGAGGCCACGUCCUGACUGCGUUGUCCUUCCCUUUUCCUCCUUUAUUGUAUAUAAAUAUAGGGUGGGUGUGUCUGUAUGUUUUAGGGAUUAAAUUCCCUAUUCCCCCUUUAUUUUUUUAUUUUUUGGGCAGAAUAACUAAUUUUGGACCAAGUUAACCAUAAGAUUAGGUGUGUUUUCCCCCCGCACACACCUAAUCUUUCUGUUUUUUUGAAAUACAUGCAACUUUUUAUUCCAGUAAAUUAUUUUGCUUCCUCCAGACCCAUUAUCUGCUACACUGGAUGGGUUAAACUGCUCACUGUUAAAGGAGCCCCUUGAAUGCAGAGAGGCUCACUUAAUGAUGGGUUGGUUGUUGUGCUAAAGUUGGAAAAUGCAUCUUUGAUUGGGCAGUUCAAUAUAUAUAUUUUUUUUUUAAUUGUUAAACUGACGAUUUUAUAAUGGUUUUUGUAUGUAGCUGUUACAUGUAGCGGGGUGGAUUAAUAGGAAAGAUACAAAAUUCACAUUCUAGAUAGUUUUCCCUGACAUCUUGUUGUUUAAAUAAAACUUGUUUAAAAUA